AUGGGCCAGUUAGCCCUCUGUGGAAAAAUUAAGAACCACCUGGUUGAACUCCUGAAUGAAGCUGCCAAGUCCAAAUCACUAAAAAAGAAUCAAUACACUGACUGGGAUUGGAAUUUAAAGCUUGUGUUCCCAAAUUUGAACAUCCCCUCGCUUUUCGGUAAUGGUAAUCCUGAGAUAUCGGUUAAUCCAAGAUUGAAUGUUAAGUGGGAAGCCCCAGAACCAAGGUGGCAUAAGAUUAACUUCGAUGGUGCCUCUGCAGGGAAUCGUGAGCAUAGUGGUAUUAGAUGUUGUAUUAGAGAUUCUAAUGGCAUCUGCAUUAAGGAAAUUUCUGAAGACAUCGGUCUGGCUACUAACAAUGAGGCUGAAUUUCGAGCGACAUUUAGAGGUUUUCAAUUGGGGGCUGAGUUGGGGAUAAAAAGAGUCCAUUUCGAGGGUGAUUCAUUAAAUGUUAUCAAUAUUGUUCAUAAUAACCAUACCCACAGUUUGCAUCUCAACCUAUGGCUUUGA